AUGAUGUGCAGCAACGGAGGGAUCGAGCUCGCGCUGACAUCCAUCACAUUCCGUCGGACACUGGCAGAUCGGAAUGCCAUGGAGAUAGCAGUCGAGCAUCUGAGCAUAGCGGUCUCGCUCAGGAAAAUGAGCGAAGAUGGUAGACUGCAAGACCCUAUCCUGCGACUUGAGCGAGUGUGUCCUGCGGCUGUGCAAGGUGAGGAUAUCACGCUGCUGAUCGGUCAGCGCAGCGCGAGCAUGCACAUGGCGAGGGAAGACGCGCAUGACAAGAGGAGUCACAUUGCGCUGCGCAGGCGGAGGAAUGAAGUGCUCAUGAGACAAGUCGACGAGAGCGCGCAAACCAAGUCCAGUAAGGAGGACUGGAUGCGUCACCUCGAGCCGUACCAUGCUCCUGUGCCCAAUGUAGAGAAUGUUUACUCGCAGAAGGAGGAAGUUUCACUCGCAGAAGGUAAAAAGUGCCUCAAGCAGAACAAAGCAGGAACAAGCUAA